AUGUACAGUUUGAAUCACUAAAUAAAUAGAAGUUUUGAUGAUAAUGAUGAAACUUAAACUUUGGAGGAGGAGAUCAUGGAUGAUUACUCGCCUACGAAACAAGAAAUUCGGGAAUAUGCAAUUCAUUUGGGGAUGAAGUUACCUGAAGACAAUUAAUAUUUGGAUAUUGCAAAGGCUGGUCUAAAGGCCAAACUACCUGAAGAGUGGAAGAUUUGUUCCAAGAAGGUUAAUGGGAACGAGUAAGUUUUCUACAAGAACAGACUGACGGAUGAAAUAGUCAAUGAUCAUCCUUGCGAUAUGAUAUAUGCAAAGAAAUAUGAGGAGGCUAAGUAGAUUGACUUUCAAAAUCAGAAGAAAAAAAAAUCGACUGGGAUCAACAAGUUCAAAAAGGAUAUUGAAAAAUAUAGGGAACCAAACUAUUUGGAUGGAAAUGAGGAAGCUGAAUCCUUUAUGGUGGAUUCCAACGUGUAUUACGAGAAUCGAUAAAAUCAGGGUUACGUAGUGCAGAAUCCAAUUCAGGCUUCAGCAACUCAGAACCUAUUAUCCCAAGUUGAUUAGGAAUUUGCAAAGCAAGCUCAAGAGUACGAGGAGGAAAAGAAGAAGGAUGUUAAUAAGUAGAAGGAGGAAAACAAAUAGAAAUUGAACAAAAUGGAAUUGAUAUUGAUGAAUGAGGCCGAUCCCGAGUUAUUCGAAUUGAAGGAAGAAUAUGAAAGGCAGAAGGAAUCGUAGUCCAAGAGUGAGGAAGAGAAGAAGAGGAAGGCCAAAAGAAAGGCCGAGGAGGACAUGGAGUAGAACAUUAUCAAUCAGAAGAACGUAUUGUAAAAAUAAUUGGAACGGAAUUUGGAGAACUAUGAAUAUGAGCAGGAGAAAACAAUCAAGAAUAAAUUAAGGACUUUGGAGUAAGAAUUGCAGGGACAAUAGAAAGAUAUAGUAAAAAGAAUCAAUCAAAGGUAGAAGGAACUAUCAGAUUCCGAUUCUAAAUGGAUGAAACAGAUAUAGGAGAAGAAGAAGAAUGUGGAGAACCUAUUAAACAAGUACAAAAAGGAAUUGUCUUAAGAGAUUUAUUAAAAGAUCUAAUUAGUAGACUAAGAGAACAUCAAAAGAUUGAGAACAGAGUAGGAGGCUAUUAAAAAGAAAUUGCUGAAUGAGUUUGAUAAGGUCAAGAGGGAAUAUAAAUUUGAGAUAGUAGAUUUAUAAGAAGAGAAUUAGAGGAUGAUGAGAUCAAUAAAGGAGGAGAUGAAGAGUCAAUUCGAUCCAAAGUUUAGUUAAAUCUAAUAGGUGUUUAGUGAUUAAUUGUAAAAUAUCGAAUUGAGUGAAUCUCAAAUGUUGUAGUCCCAGAUAUAUGAUUACAGAAAUUUAGAUAUUGAAUAAAGAAAGUCAGAAAAUGUUAAGAAGAUUACCUAAUAGAAGGAGAAAUUAUUCUAGCAACUUUAAAAUUAACUCGCAAAUUUAGAGAGACAAACUAAUGAGAAGUAUCAGGAGAUGAAGAGAAAGUUGGAGGAGACCCAACGGUUGAAAUUGGAGAAGAUAUAGAAGGAUUUUGAGAAGAAGACAGGGAGAGUCUUGGGAAAUGGAAAGGAGAUUGAUUUGUGUAUGGACAUCAAUUAAACCAGGAGUCUUACACAUGAAUUGAGGGAGGAAAUAAAGCAAUUUAAAAGAAAGAAGACUGAUGCAGAAGAGAAAUUGGCUAGCAUGAACAUUGUAGUUUCAAAGUAUGAUUUGUAAAAUGAAUUGAAAUAGAAGGAUGUCAUCAAAUUUGAAUUGGAUCGUUUACAAUAUUUGGUUAAUUAAUACAAGUAGGAUGACAAGAUAGCAGAUAAGGAAUUAGAGUUAUUGGAAUAACAAUAUUAAUAGAUGAUAAGGAAACAUUAGGAGUUUCAAUAGAAAUAACAGACGAUGUAAAAUAUGAUUUAGAGUGUGAAUGAGUUAAGAGAGUAAUUGGCAGCCAAUUAAAGCAGUGACAAUUCCAAGUUUUAGAGCAAUCUCUUUAGAUAGGUAGGAAAUAAGAACUACGGCACUGAGAUCAAUAUUCAAAACAACCUAUCCAUGAAUCAAAGUGUAGUAAUCGAAGAGAAUGCAGUAUAAAUGCGUAAAUGGAAACUGAUUCUACUGGAUGAAAGAGUUGCUUUAAAUAGAGAACAGUAAUUAUAUAAGACUGAUAAGGAGAAAAUCAAGCAGAUGAGGAGGAAAUUGCAAAUUGAUUCUGAAUAAUUGAAGUCAUAAAUAGAGAUGGCACAAUCCUUUGAUUAGAAUAAUAUGAAGAAGGAUCUCAUUAAGAAGCUCAAAUAGGAAAUCAAGGAGCAAUAGGUGAAAAUCUCAGAUGAUACUGAAAAAUCAAAUAAUUGGAGACAAAUAUUAAAAUAGAAGUCCAAAACUUUGGAUUAAAUGGAGAAGAAUAUCAAUGACGCUAAUCCUCAGCCAGAAUUACUGCAUUCUCUUGAAUAAUUAUAUAUGCUCUAUAGUAAGAUAGGGGAGUUGGAACUCAAUGACGACAUGGUAGAGUAACAGAUCUCAAACAAUAACGAAAGCUACUUCAAUUAGAUCAAGGUGAUUUCAGAGGAGCCAUCUCUACAGUAGGAUUCACAACAGCAACAUUAUGAUAUAUAAAUGCCAUACGAGGCGCCAAGGGUAACACAUUUUGAACAGCCGGAGAAUCUAUCGAAAUACAGAAUGCAAUUGAUAUAGCAGAAGGAAUGGUUGCAAAAUUAUAAGUACAGAGUUCUCGCGACUAAUCCUUAUAGUAUAGAUUCCAGAGAAAGAUUCUAAAGGUACUAGCAGUUUCUUCAUUGCAAAGUAUGA